UCCGGAGCCGCAGGAGAUCAGAGCUGUGCUCCGGACUGAGGGACAGGGAUACAAUUAUGAGUGCCAAAGUGAACAUGGAGGCUCCACCUAAAGAACCUGAUCGCACCCAUUUGGACCCGUCCUCCUCCUCUCCCAGUGAGGCUGUCCUCAUCUGUGGUAAUGAUGGAGUGGCCAAGAAGGCUCGGCCCCAGCCUCACACCACCACAGCUUUCCUCCUGCCAGCUCCUGCUUCCAGCCAUCAGAAGAUAGAGGUGACGCCCGCUGUUGCCAUGGGAGACCCAGGUAAAGGAGGCCGGGCUAAUGAGACGGUCACACCCACCCUGACAGCACAGGUGGGCGGAGCUUGUAGCAUUGUCCACGUCCUAGAGUGGAAGGAGGGGAUGGCCAUCCUGCCCAGCAGCAACCUCAAGUUCUGUGUGAGUGACGUAGGGACACUGAGCACACUGAUCACCCCAGGGACCACAACCAGCACCGCUGAACCAGCAGCUGGGACUUCUGGGAGAUCAGCUGACUCAGAAAGUGCUUCAGCCGACAAGCCAGAUGUGUCGGCUCCUGUCGGCUCUGUGAGAGGUGCAGCUGAGGAACCAGAGAGGUUUGUGCCAGUCAAACCUGAAGUCCAGGUUGGACCGGGACAACAGAACCAUGAUCCCAGAGCUCAGAGGACCUACGCAGAGGAGCUACGCAGAGAGCCCAUCGCUGACAGGAGGAGUGUCGGGGUAGAGAAGGUGCCAGCAGGCGGGAGGGUUUCCUCCCUUAACCCGGAUCACCUGAAACCCAUGAGGAAGAGGAAGAGGAAGGAAUACCUGAGUCCCUCUGAGGAAGAUUCUGACAUCGAAGGCACGGAUGAGAAAAUGGAUGAUUCUAAAGCAGACGGCAGACACAUCAGAGGAGCGGGAGACAGUAAGACAGAGCAGUGGACGUGGGCUCAGUAUCUGGAGGAAAGCAAAGCUGUUGCUGUGCCCAACAAGCUUUUUCAAGAGUCCCAGAGAGUGCCAACAGUGAAGAACGGCUUUAAACAGGGCAUGAAGCUGGAAGGCAUUGACCCGCAACAUCCGUCCAUGUACUUUGUCCUCACUGUGGCUGAGGUCUGUGGUUACCGGCUGCGGCUCCAUUUUGACGGCUACUCUGACUGCCACGACUUCUGGGUGAAUGCCAACUCCCCCGACAUCCACCCUGCAGGCUGGUGUGAGAGCACAGGACACAAACUGCACACCCCCAAAGGCUGUAAAGAGGAGGAGUUUACCUGGACCAACUACCUGAGAAUGACUAAAGCACAAGUGGCUUCCAAAGAACUCUUUGCCAGUCCUGGGAGGAUCGAUGUGAAGUGCGAUUUCGAGAUAGGAAUGAAGCUGGAGGCUGUUGACCGUAUGAACCCCUCCCUCAUCUGUGUAGCAACCGUCACUGACGUGGUGGACAACCGUUUCCUGGUUCAUUUUGACAACUGGGAUGACACAUACGACUACUGGUGUGAUUCCAGCAGUCCAUACAUUCAUCCUAUUGGUUGGUGCCAGGAGAGGAACCUGCCCCUAACACCACCCCAAGAUUACCCGGACCAGGGCCGAUUCUCCUGGUCUCGCUACCUGGAGGAGACAGGUUCCAAGGCAGUGGCCGCUGACGCCUUUAAAGUGCGUGCAGCCCACAGUUUCCAGCCUCAGAUGAAACUGGAGGCCGUGGACAAGAGAAGCCCUGGUCUGAUCAGAGUGGCUACAGUCGAGGAGGUCGACACUCAUCGCAUUAAGGUCCAUUAUGAUGGCUGGAGUCACGUGUAUGAUGAGUGGAUGGACUCAGAUCAUCCCGACAUCCACCCAGCAGGCUGGUGUGAGGCAACCGGUCACCCGCUCAAAGUUCCCCCACGGGACGCCAAAACACAUCAGCCGCAUGGUGUGAGGGAGCCUCCUGCUACAGGUCAGUCCACCUACCCCUCCUCUGUUCCCUGUAAACCCAUCGGCCACCCCAGAACCAACAAGUACAGCUUCCACAACAGGAAGUGUCCAACUCCUGGUUGCGAUGGUUCAGGCCAUGUGACCGGUCGUUUCACUGCCCAUCACUGCAUAUCUGGCUGCCCAUUGGCUGAGCGUAACCAGGGCAGGCUGAAGGCCGAUCUGUCGGACUCAGAGUGCAAGAGGAACCUCUUUUUUGGCCAGAGGACCAAGAAGACCCAUUACCGUGGCAGGAUUGGCCGUCCUCCCAAAUACAGGAAGAACCAGCAGAGAGACUAUCAGAACAUGUCCUCAGAGGGUGUGUAUCCCUCCCUGUUCAUGUCAGCUCUGAGCAGUCAGUCAGACAGGACUCUGUCUCUGUGCUGGGAGCAGCACUGUAAGCUGCUGCCCGGCGUUCAGGGCAUUCACGCCAGCCAGGUGGCAGCAUGGAGCGUUGAGGAGGUCUUCAGGUUUGUCCAGAAUCUUAUUGGCUGUGAAGAACAGGCUCGUCUCUUCAAAGAAGAGAUGAUUGACGGGGAGGCCUUCUUGCUGCUGACACAGACCGACAUUGUGAAGAUCAUGAGCAUCAAGCUAGGCCCUGCUCUGAAGAUCUCCAACGCCAUUCUCAUGUUCAAGAGCACAGACGAGGGACUCAAAUGAUCCCGCCCUCACUCACCGGCGGCGUUGGGCCACCAAUCAUCAUGUGCCAAAAUCAUUCUGUUGCAGGGAAAAAGACCCUGACCCCUUUUUCAUGUGUUUGGUGUCCUGUACCCAUCAGAGAGAGGGAGGGGGGAGGGGGGUGGUGAGGUCCGAUCAGGGUUAAGGAAAAAAAAAAAAAGGAGAUGUUGGAAGGAGGAAUAUCAUAAAGAUGAUGGACAAAUUGUUCUGGAGGGUGGAUAGAAGGAGGCUGAUGAUGGUGAAACGCCCGAACACCACUGGCAGUGUUUUGCAUCCGUUACAAAUCUGCCAGUCUAUGGUAUGUUUGUCUAAAACUUUGUUUAUAUCCAACCACCUGUUUUAAUUUGUGCAUUUGUGCAAAAAGGUUUCUAUACUCCGUUGAGAUGUUAAAGGUUCUGUAUCAGUACAACAAAGGUGCGCUAAAGACUGAUGGAAACAGAUUUCUUUGAAUAGACAUCCGUUACGUUACCUGCUUCUGGUUCUUCUGUAGACGAGUCAUCAGUAUCUGCUGCCGCUCAAAGCCAUACAGGAGAUAAUAGUACUGUUUGUACCUUUACUUCCUGAAGUAGAAUCCUUCCUAUUGAUGCAAGCGUUAAGCAGAGGUCAAUUGCAAAUGUACCCGCAGCCUUUCAGAGGUGAAUUCACAAGAGAUAAAAGCAUUUUAAUGAAUACCAUACCCAGAUUUGAACAAAACACCAGUUUCAAAGCCCAUGACAUGGAAGUUGAAAUCUACAAAAGGGGGGAAAACUGAAAUACUGGAUAUACUAAUAGAAAGUGAGAAAAAUAUGAGGGUCAACUAAAGUGAAAUCGAUGGGGAGGAUUGUGGGCCGGGGGUGAUAUGUGGCCAAAAAGCAAGUAAGAGGAGUAAAAUGCAGUAGAUGAGGCUGAUCAGUGAGGCUCCUUCAAGCUUCACAUUUUGUGCAAUAAAAAAGUUUAGACAAAAGUACUGUAUUCAGUAACAGUUAAUAUGUUAAUAUUAUGUUAUCAGACUAAUUCUUAACUGUAACGGAAUAAAAUUAAAUAAAUAAGCUACUUUGUUCACACUGUUGAAAAAAGCUUAGGCUUGUGGCAGAUGAGCAACUUAAAACGAAGAGAAAGCCUUACCUCAGUCUGCUGGUUGUUCUGAAGUAUUUGUCAUUUGUGUUUACUCGAAAUUGUCCACAUUGUACUUUCUCAUUGCACUGUUAAUGUGAAAACUCAAUUGAUUUAGGAGCUGUAAUUUAAAACGUUACCCUCCUAUAUAGAAUCAGAGUCACAGAACAAAUACAACAGUUUUUAUAUCUAUAUGCAAAAGAUCUUAAUUUAUUAUUUUUGCAAUUCUUAGUAGAUGAAAAGGACACUUUGCAUUGGCGUCUUAGCACAACUGUGAAACCCGAAUAGAUUAAACACAAUGGUGUUUUUGCACUUGGUCACUAGAGAGUGCAAAAAUCAAUUUUUUAGCACUAAAAAACAUUGGAGCUAGUCAUUGGAGCUCUCUGCAGUUUAAAUGCAAUGGAAACUCCAGACUGUGUUCUUUAAAAUGUUUACAUUUUAUGUCAGGAUUAGUUAAAUACUGUAUGGAUUUGAUUUGUGAGACGGAAGUUAUUUUACUGGACUGUUUUAAGGGCUCUUGGAAUCUUACUUACUGUGUCUCUCUGGUGGGAUUUGUGUGUGCGUGUGUGUCAAGAUAAUCUUGGGUCACAAAUGUCAUCCAAUCCAUAUGAAUUAAUAAACGUCCAAAGCUGUCUUGUCUGAUUAAA